UCCUGAGACCCCCUCUAAUGCGAACAAACAAUUUUCAUGUGUAUUCCCUCCUCCUCCUUGUUGAUUCGGGGGUCCGCCUCAGGUGUUUUAUGGAGUGUCCUUUAUGCAUAUAUGGAGUUAUGGGGAUGAUGUAGCAACUUGCUGUUUGGCGAUAUGUUCGUUUUAUGACUUCUUGUACUUUCACCACAUCUUCUACGCGCGUGGGUCGAAGAUACUGCUAUUAGGUAGCCUUGUAAUACAACUCCUACCCCGCUAUUUACACACCAACGAGCAAAUAUAUUGCAAGAUAUUAUAUUUCUUUGGAUUGUUGGGACAAGACGAUGACGUCAUGUAUCAAGCCAAAUCCGGCGAUAAACAUCGAAAUUCUCUUAUGUUGCUGGAAGCAUACAUAAGUUUUUACAGGAUUCUUAUUAUGUGAUGAAGUUGAACCCUAUCAAUGAUGAGCGGAUAGUCCACGUGAGUUUCAGGGAAUCUCCAGGUAGCAGUUACAGUACAGUAUACCUCACUCGAUAGUAUUC